UCUGCACAGCCUCUCCGCUCAUUCACUAAACGCCGAUUGCUUUAGUUCGUGUUUGCAUUAGUGAGAAAGGGGAGAGGAGCGUUUUACGCUUUGAUUUUUGCCUUCUCGCCACAGUCCAUCCAGUCCAGCCGGAGACAUGGAGGGAGUGAGCAGCAACAGGAGCAUGUCUUACAGCAGAUGGAGUUAUGACAGCACUUUAGAUGAUGAGGGCACCAACCUCCGACAGCAGAAACUGGACAGACAGCGAGCACUCCUUGAGCAGAAGCAGAAGAAGAAGAGGCAGGAGCCUCUAAUGGUCCAGUCUAAUGUGGAUGGGAGAUCUCGCACUCGCCGGACCAAACAGAGCGAGGAACAGGCUCCGCUGGUGGAAUCCUACCUCAGCAGCAACAGCAGCACCAUCUACCAUGUGCAAGAAGCUGAACAAGAGGAGGUGAAGGUGAUAGCGGACCCACAGCCACCUCGCUCAGCCAAAAAGGGCAAAGCAUCAGCCAGCUCCACUCCACAGACAGGCAGUGACAAGAAAGAGAGGAAGGGGAAGCACAAAGCAGGGAUGGAUGGCCUGGCUUCCCAGCAGGAGGAUGGUCAGAUCCAGAUCCUGACAGUGGGUCACCCCACCACAGAGGAGGGCGAGGGAGAGCCUGUCAUGAGCUGCACUCAGUCACAGAGUAAACAGGACCUGCGGGUGACCAUGCUCAAGAAAGGUAUAUCCAGCAGCAUGAAUUUUGAUGAAGAAGAAGAUGAUGAAGACGAAAUUAGCUCUAGUUCCUCGCAGCUCAACAGCAACACGAGACCAGGCUCUGCAACUAGCAAGAAGUCAUGCAAGGAGGUUGCCUCAGCGCCGACUCCACCAGUCAGUGAACCAGCCAUUGAUGUGGAUGACCUUGAAGAGUUUUCCCUGCGACCUGCACCUCAGGGGGUCAGAGUGAAGUGCAGAAUCACCAGGGAUAAGAAAGGCAUGGACAGAGGCAUGUAUCCCACCUACUACCUUCACCUGGAGAGAGAGGAUGGCAAGAAGGUGUUUCUGUUAGCAGGAAGAAAGAGGAAAAAGAGUAAAACAUCCAAUUACCUCAUCUCCAUUGAUCCCACUGAUCUAUCUCGAGGUGGAGAGAGCUUCAUUGGUAAAUUGAGGUCUAAUCUCAUGGGGACCAAGUUCACUGUAUACGACAGUGGUCUGAACCCUAUGAAGAGCACCACCAGCCUCGAAGCUAGCAACCUGCGUCAAGAGCUAGCAGCCAUUUGCUAUGAAACCAAUGUCUUAGGAUUCAAAGGACCUCGCAAAAUGAGUGUCAUCAUUCCUGGGAUGAACAUGGACCAUGAGAGAGUGUCAAUUCGCCCACGAAAUGACCAUGAGUCAUUGUUGGCCAGGUGGCAGAACAAGAACACAGAGAGUGUGAUUGAACUUCACAACAAAACGCCUGUGUGGAAUGAUGAUACACAAUCGUACGUGCUCAACUUCCACGGCAGAGUCACGCAGGCCUCUGUCAAGAAUUUCCAAAUCAUUCAUGACAAUGACCCUGACUACAUUGUGAUGCAGUUUGGCCGUGUGGCAGAAGAUGUCUUCACCAUGGACUAUAACUACCCAAUGUGUGCCCUCCAAGCCUUUGCCAUAGCCCUUUCCAGCUUUGACAGCAAGUUAGCCUGUGAAUAGGUCCCAGCCUGACGUUCAGUGGAGAACUGGUCCAUCUGUCCUCUCAACAAGGGCUGUUAAUGUAUCCCUGGGGCUGGUUUGAGAUCUCCAAAUCACCCAGUACCCUGGAAUUCCUGCAUAUCCCAAAAUGCUUUAUGGGCCUCAAGUUUUGUGUGUAUCUGUGUGUGGGGGGGUGGGACAUUGGGAUGGUUCUUGGUCAGCGGAAGUAAACAAGCACAAAGCGUAAUCCACUUUCAGAAUCAAAUUCAUUUGUUUUGAUAACUAUAGUCAUUUUGUACUGUAAUGGCAUUAUAAAAACAAACACUGUUCCUUUAUGUAGGAGUUAGAGAAAUUUAACAUUUCUUUAUCUGUAAAUUAUAACUAACAAUUACACAUCUGUAAAUUGACUGAAUUUUAUGUAGUCUGCCACACUAAUAACACAAUGUCACACACUUCCUCAAGCAUGAAUACUGCUUAUAAAGUUACUGAAUUAAACAAAAAACAUAACAUGCAUGUCACAAUAUAUUUAUUUUGUUAUUUAUGUAUUUAUUACAUGUUGAUUUUGUUUUCUGUUUUAAUUUGCAACGGUCUCAACAAUCUUGGCUCUAUGGAGCAGCAAGCACAUACAGUAAAAGAGCAUCACAAGACAGAGUAUCUCUUGUAUCCACACAAAACAAUUAGCUACAUGGACAUGAACAGGGCAAAGGCAUGUUACACUGUGCUGUGUACCAUAGAUGAUAUUGUGUCACAGUGUCAUGUAUGUGAAUGUAUAGGAUGAUGGUGCACUUUACUUUAAGUCAGUAGUGGAUGAGAUAUAGCUGUACAUACUUGAUUGUGCCUUUGAAGACUAAUUCCAGUGUUACGCUUUGGAUGUAAAAUGAGCUGAGCUUGAAUUGGUCUUUUGCUGUCCUUAUGCAUUGGAGAUAUUUCUCUGUAGCUACUUCUAACUUACUUAACUAACGCAGAGGUCAUUUGGAAGGAUUAAACAUCUACAGUUAAAAAAAACCUCUCAAAGGAUUAUAAUCCAAAGUGCACAUCACUGGACAGUAUUUUAGUGAUUGUCCAGAUAUAUUUAAAUUUCAUUUAGGGCCUACAACAUGUUACAGUAAAGAGGUGAAUAAUUAUUUACAGUAUUCUGUUUCAGGCAGCAUAUAUAUCAAAAGCACUCAGGCUUAAGGCUGUCGUCAUAUCUUCUGAUGUCUCCUACCUGGAAAAAAAACCGAACACAGAUUGAUUUACUGCCAACAAACACACACAGCAACAGUGUGAAUCUGCCACAGUUUCAACACUUACAUAUUGCAUCUCUUUACAUCUAUGAUUAAUUUUACACUCCUCUGAUGUGGAGUUUGGUACAUUCCUCAUUUGACUGGCAGUAAGUUUCUAUAUCAUGUGGUUAGAGUUUUAUUGCUGUUCACAUUUUAACUCAAAAUAGUAUUCCUCUUUCUCCUUGUGGGGUAAUAUCCUUUCUCAAAUACAGUAUAUGAUAGUAUUUUGUAUUUUAUGACCAGUAAGAAAAUGCUGAAUGAAGGCAAAGAACAAUCUCUGAUACCACUAUUGGUUACUGUGGGUUAUGAGGAAAUCUUUAUCAAAUGUGCUAUUCUUGUACUCAAUUGUGCUCUAACUAUUUUAAAUUUCUAUUUUAAAAUUGUUGAUACUCUUGCUGUCUGCUUUUCAUACAUAUGUCCAGGAACCAAAGGUUCUUUCACUUUCUGUUUUUAGUCCUCCCGUUGUAAUGUACAGUAAAUGGUGUACAAUUUACUGUGAUGGUAUAGACACAGUCCUUUGAU